AUGUUCGAAGCUGAUAAAAAAAACUAUAUUUCCAUAGAUACACUUACUAAUCAAGAUGAAGCUAUAGAUAUCCCGACUGAAUUUCUUAACUCAUUAAAUCCAUCAGGUCUCCCCCCACACAAACUUGAUUUAAAAAUCGGUGCGCCUAUUAUUCUCAUGCGAAAUUUAAAUGCUCCCAAAUUGUGCAAUGGAACCAGAUUAAAAAUAUUAUCUUUGAAAAAAAACCUUAUUGAAGCUGAAAUUCUUACCGGCUCAGCGAGUGGUCAAAUGGUAUAUAUCCCAAGAAUACCAAUGAUAACAAACGAGUACCCCUUCGAAUUUAAACGUGUCCAAUUUCCAGUUAAACUUUGUUUUGCUAUGUCAAUUAAUAAGGCACAAGGACAGACAAUGAAAGUUGCAGGAAUUGACAUCAGCGAUCCAUGCUUCACUCACGGACAAUUUUAUGUUGCCUGCUCCCGUGUAAGCUCAGAAAAAAACUUAUACAUUUAUGCCCCUGGUGAAAAAACUAAUAAUAUAGUUUAUAAAGAAAUAUUGGUUAAUCGGUAG